AUGACAAAGGUCACACUUUAUGUUGAUCCUGCAUCAAACAACACUUCUCCAACAUGUGGUUCCCAAUUAAUUGGUAACUACCCCUGCCAUAGCAUUGGAGCAGCAUUCGCCAGUUACCAACACUUGUUUGCCGUUACCACCGACUCUGAACUCAGCAUCAAGAUUGUGCCCAACACCUACUUCCCCUCUGACCGUGACUUUGGAUUCAACCCAAUAUGCCAAAAUGUGACCAUUGGUUCAAUCUACGAUGGCCAAGAAGUUGUGUACAACAACACUGUGAGUGGAGAACCAUACUUCCUCUACCUUCAUACUCAGAAUGACAUUGAGGUGAACUGCACCACAUCUCUCACAAUCAACUAUAUCAAGUUCAUCGAUGUGAAGAGUGUUUGUGGAAUCAACAACGUCACGUUUACUCUCAAUGGUUGUUCGUUCAUCGGUGGAAGUGCGGCCAACCCUUUGAUAUACCAUCAACUCUCAGUGUAUGAUACAACUGGUGUUGUUGGAUCAACAGUGUUCAAGAUGUCAGGUUGCAGCAUCUCCGGAUCAGAGGCAAUGUUAUACACGCCCAAUGUGUUUGUCAGCAAUGUCGAAAUGAUCGUGGACAACUCUUCAUUCUACAACAACACGGGUUCCAAUAUCUUCUACCUCGAGAACAGCACUCUGGCAUUGAGCAACUCGAUCUUCUACUCCAACUUCAUGAGGUUCAACUUGAUCCAGUUCAAUGAGCCCAGGUUCCCCGUCCAAUCAGUGUUCACCAACGUCACUUUCAAUGAGAACAGAGGCAACAGCACCGAGUUGAUCCUUCAGCGUGUUGGAGUUUUGACCAUCAAGAACUCAGUGUUCACUGGCAACUGGUUCUUAACCAGCUUGAUCGUGGCCAUGACCAACCUGACCGUCGAACAUACAACAUUCGCCAACAACAGCUUCGCGGCCAAUAGCUCGAUGAUUCUUGGAUUGAACGCCAAAUCUCUCACUAUGAUCGACAACACUUUCACUGGCAACCACUUUGGUCCACAGUCCGGCUUUGUAGGCGCAGUCAACACACCAGUCAACCUCACCAACAUUGAGUUUGGCGCUAAUGACUUCCCCUGGGGUCUCACCCAAACCUGCCAAGUCAUCAAAUGCUCCAACAGUGGCGUCACCUUCAACAAUGUGAUCAAUGACAACGAUGAUAUCAAGUGGAUCUCGUGUCACAGGUGCUUGACCUAUGGUGAUUAUCCAGGAAUGUGUCCACCCGAUCAUCAUCUCAGUAUAGGAGCAAUCGUAGGUAUUGCCGUUGGUGGCUUUGCCGGUGUAUGCAUCAUUGUAGUGUUGACUGUUGUGCUUGUCAAGAGAUCAAAGAGGACCCAGUACAAUACCAUCCAACACUAA